GGACAUGGACUCUUAAGGGGAGGCUGGAGGCGGCUGGGCUCGGCCUGAGGGUGGCGGCGUAGCGGCCUCCGGGAGCGCACGCCUCCUGUCCAGCGACAGCAGUUGAUCUGACAGCCUAGGCCGCUGAGGCGGGGGAACUUCGGAAACCACUUUGUGCAACUUCUCUGGCCGCUGACCUUCCCCUUUUUCACUCUGUGAAAGGACGGCACUGAACAGCUGGGUGGUGCUUUACUUCUCUUUUGUGACCAAACCUGGUGCUAUGCUGCAAACGGCACUGCAUCAGAAGGCAUUUUUCAAGAUAAGAGUGUGAAGAUUCUCUUUAAUUUGAUUACUUGCAAGUGAUAGCUCCUCAUCAUGGCUGAACUAUCACCUGAAGAAAUUCAGCUGAAGGCCAACCAGGUCACUGAUGAGUCUUUGGAAAGCACAAGGAGAAUUCUUGGCUUGGCCAUUGAGUCCCAUGAUGUUGGCGUCAAGACUAUCGCCAUGCUGGAUGAACAAGGAGAACAGCUAAAUCGCAUAGAAGAAGGCAUGGACCAGAUAAAUAAGGAUGUGAGAGAAGCUGAGAAGACGCUGACGGAGCUCAACAAAUGCUGUGGACUCUGUGUCUGUCCUUGUAACAGGACAAAGAACUUCGAGUCUACCAAAGCAUACAGAGCAACCUGGGGAGAUGGAACAGAGAACUCAGCAGAUCAUGUGAUAUCCAUGCAGCCAAGAAGCAUGAAUCAGCAGCAGACACAGAAUUCUAGAGGACCAAGUGGUGGAUAUAUUACAAGGAUAACAAAUGAUGCCAGAGAAGAUGAAAUGGAUGAAAAUCUUGCUCAAGUAGGAAACAUUCUUGGGAAUUUAAAAAAUAUGGCUUUGGAUAUGGGCAAUGAGAUUGAUGCACAGAAUAAGCAGAUAGACCGGAUAAAUGUAAAGGCAGAUACAAAUAGAGAUCGCAUUGAGCAAGCCAACAUCAGAGCGAAGAAACUCAUUGACAAUUAGAACCUAUUGUAGUUGUUCAGUGACACUGUCUCUCCAUCUUCAAGCAACCAUACUCAUGGAUCUGUGAAACUUCUCUACUCUGAAAUAAGAGGGGGCUGGGAAAAAAUGAAAUAUACCUUUUCUAUAGGGAUUUUUUUUUUAAUUCACGUAAACAUGGUUUUUGACUCCAAGAAAGUAGUCAAUGUAACUUUCUUCUACUCAUUUGCCUUCACUUUCUUAAACUGCUCAGGGCUGGAAGUGUCAUGGCUUUGAGAACCUCCUUGCAUGUUUUACUCCCCCUCCCAGUCUCUUUUCUUGCAUCCAAAAUACAAUUCAUUACUGAAGUUGAAUAAGCAGGGUAAUGUGAAUUCACAGUUGUGAAAAGCUGGAGAGGGCACUUUGCACUGUUUGAAAUACCUCAUAACUUGAGUGUCUUCAAUGAAAUAGGGACUUGGUGAGUAUUGUUCGACUUAUAUCUCUAAGCAGGCUAACCACAGUUUCACAGUUCAAACCACAACUGGUUUGAGGUUGGGCUUAUGGACUACAGAAUUCAAUAGCCCACUAAUUACUACUUCUGGGUUGAGGGCUUUAAAAACACUUCUUAAACACGCAGACUUUAAUGUAAAGCUAACUGGAGGGGUAUACAGAUUUCCAUUUCUUUACUGUAAAUUGACAUUUGGAAGUUAUGACUAGGAAACGAUGUUCUGUUUUUCUAGUAAUGUUUGUGGUAUGUGUUGAUAUAUCUGAUCUAAAACCUAUGUGCAUGUGAGUAGAUCACAAAACAAAAAAAAUCCCCAAAGCAUUUAUUUGACAGAAAACUGUGUCCACAGUCUGAAAGUUAGCUUUGAAGUGUUUAAUGCAUGUUAACUGGAAGGAUCUGAAUAGAAACAGAAUAGAAAAGCAUGCAGCUUUCUCAUAUCCCAUAUUGUAUUCUGUUUUGGCUAGUUGUUGCUGAAGUUCAGUUCAGGCCUUUCUCCAUUGAAAUAGAAUGACUGAGAUUGAGUAUGGUUUGUCCUCAGCAGUGACUUUAGGGGAGCUUUUUAAAAUUACCAAAAGCAAAGAUCAUCUUGUUAUGAUACUACUUUGUCACGGGUCUGGAAGAAGCAGUACAUGUAUGUAGGAUCUGUUUGCUAGUUCCAAAUAAACUAGUUCCAAAUAGAUUCUUGACUAGUUUAUUAUUUCAGGCCUUGGGACUGGCAGCUGGAAAUACUUGAUCUCAGUUGCUUAAAACUAAAAAGUUCCUAUUCUGCUGCAGAAUAGAAGACCAGUUGAGUGGAGGUACAGCUGUCAUCUCUGUAGUCAAACCAAAAUGCUUUUCCACUUCCAAUGUACCCAGAUUUAUUCCCAGGGCUUUUGACAGUCCACAGGUGUCUUGUAACCAUUAAUAGUAAAUCCUCGGGCUAAAGAGAUUACAGUAACCGCUGAAAUGGAGAUGUAAUGAAUGUAUGUAACAUUUCUGGUUUCCAGUAGAAAUACAAUUUGUGUAUAGUAUAUUAACUAGUAUAUUCUCAGUUUGCUCCCAGUACAACCUGAUAUUAAACAAAAAUCAAAGAAAACAACUAACCAAAGGAUGGAGCUGCUGCAUGUGGUAAAUUGGCCAGUGAUAGAUGUUCUUAUGUAAGACACCAAUUUUAUGGGGUCUGGUUACUUAAAUGCUAGAUAUUGGCUUCUGACGGUUCUUGGAAAGAUAAUGAAUUAUAAAAGCUCCUAUUGUUAAUGCUUAAAAACACAAGUAGCAAAAAAGUACUUAUUAUAAUUUUACUAUAUGAUAUUCUUAUAACCUUUUGUGUGGGAAAGCACCAGGGAUUAGAAUUUGUGACAUUUUUGGGGUGGUCAUCUUAUUUUCCUUCCUACAAACUUCAGGUUAACUGAAGGAAUAUUUGCUGCUGAUCACGAAAGCAAAGCAUGCAUUACCUGUGAUCAUCUCCUGGAACAGAAAACUAAAGCAUUUGCCUUAUUGUACUUAGAACAGUGCAAGGCUGCUCUGUAGCAUCUUGAAAUGUUUUUUUUCCUUGCUAUGACUAGUCUAUGUUCUUGAUCUUCCCUGAGCAUUAAGCACAAAUUGGAUGAGAGACUGUUGUGAUUGGUACAUAGAAUCUUAAUACUGCAAUGAAUAUCACACAAGGAAAUAACUCUAAGCUUGAGUAUUAUGUAAGUAUCAAUAUUUUCUGAUGCAGCAAGAGCCAAACCUGUCAGGGAGCUGGUGCUUUAAUGUAAAUGAACAAUGCAGUCUGCUUCUUGAAUCAUCUUACUGUUGUCUGUAGAAUAGAUGCUUACUUUCCAAGUUUGUGGGAUGUAAUCAAAACUUGUACAUCUUUAUAUUUCUGAAUACUAUUAAGAAUGAAGGUUUACAGUUUCUGCUUUUGAUUGUUAAACUGCAUAUUGUGCACAAAAUACAUACUUUUAUAACUGAA